AUGGAUGUACCACAUAUACCUCGUAACUCCAGAGAUUGGGACUCCAUCGACAUAUUUGUGUUUUCAAAUGGACAACAAUAUUCGCCUCCAAGAAAGUAUCAUUUGGAAUCUGACGAUUUGAAAUGCUGGGAUGCCACUAAAUCUUUCUUAGCAAGAUCUCAAUAUGGCUCCAAGCAUUCUGCUAUAGAUCUAUAUUUACUAGACGGGAAAAAAAUUGAAGGUCCUUUAGAGCUAAAGAAUUCUGCAGCUUACGUUGCCGUCGAACCACCUGACACGUUUAUUCCAGCAGGUUAUGAGAAAUACCUGUACAAAGCAUCCAGAUCCUGGGAAAAACGCCAAGGACAGUUAUCCAAUAGCUAUAUGGUAGAAAGAACAGAUAAAACGGGGACAUUUUUGGACAUCACUACGAUCGAACAAAUAGAGAGGAUUGUUUCUUUGAAAUCGGAUACUUCUAUAGCGGAUCCAACUAAAACAGACAAUCAGCCCCAAAGAACUGUCGAAAAACCUACAUUUUCCAAAUUGAACUCAGCUAAGAUUGACAAAUUAUUUCAAAAGAAAAAACCUAGUGACAAUGAAAGAAAUUCAAGUUUAAGUAAAAAGCGCUUAUCUCCUUCAAAACUCACUAAAAAUGAUUUCGUAAAGACAAAAAACAUACUCAGACCCCAAAAAUGCGUUAUUAAACAACAACCAUUAUCACCCCAAUAUUCACGGAACCAAAGAAAACCAAUUCGCGGAAAUAGAGUUGAAUGUAAAGCUAAUCAAAAAAUAAAUAAUCUUUUUCCCUUACAAACAGAAAAUAAUGCUAAAUUGAAUCCUAAUAUCUUAAAUAAUACGAAUGUUAGAAAGGAUAUUAUCGAAAGUAUACCUAAUAAAGAUUUAAUAAAUGGAUCACAAGUUUACAAAAACAAUCAAAGUGACGAUAAAUCAAUACUCCUUGAAGCAAAUCCAAAUAAAAUAACAGUUGAUGGCAAUUCUACAAAAAAAAUAUUUGAAGUAAGUAAAGAUAACGAAUUAAAUGAUAUGAUAAUUCCAUGUGACACGAAUAACGCGACAUCUAAAUAUAUGACCGGCGAACAGACCGACCAGUUACCACUCGAUUGUAACAAAAAAAAUCUUAAUAUAAAACUCAGAAUACAAUUAGAAGAUUUGAGAAGUCCAUUGCCAUCUGAAGACAAUAAUACCUUAGAAAAAGAUAGAUCACUUAUUACAUUAAUAAAAAAAGAAAUGGCGUCACAGAUAAACAUCGAUGUAAUAUUAGGUAAAGAUAUACUAACUUUAAACAAUUACUUAUUUCUAAAUGGAAAAUCUAAAGAAUCUAACAUAAAUAAACACGAAGAAUGUGUUCCUAGCAAUGAUGACCUAAAAGAUAUAUUCGUUCAUUGCACAUACGACAACUUUUAUCCAAAACUCCUAAAAGAAGAUUCACGUCGACAAAAUAUUUUCAUAUUACCGAGAGAAAUGAACGAGCAUUUAAUGAAAAGGUAA